AUUGAGAAACGAGAGAGCAGCAGACAGUAGUCGCAAAAUAAAAUGGCAGUGAUCAUAAAGACCAUGCAGGUUUUUAGGAGCGUGAACAACAUAACGAAUCUACUAAAAACUCUAUCUUUGUCACAGAGUGCCAUUAUUUCUCCUAAACAUGUAUUUCUUCGCAGCACGCCAGCUCUGCAUUGCGCAUUUCUACACAUUACGUCGGAACGCUACGAUUUAAUGGAGUUCUUUGAUGACCCGAAGCAUUGGGCGAAAAAUGAAGUACGGGUUGGUCGUUCUUGGCGGAGGGUUGAAUUAAGAUUGAAGAGUAACACAGACCUCCAUAAAUUAUGGUACGUGUUAUUGAAAGAACGCAAUAUGCUUAUGACUAUGGAAGAAGCAUGUAAACAAGCAAACGAGAUCUUUCCCAAUCCUGAACGUUUGGAUAAAGUUGAAAUUAGCAUGAAGAAUUUGGAGAGAGUUGUUCGUGAAAGAAAUACAGCAUAUCAUAUGCUUGAAACUGGUGAGACGGGAGAGCGCCCUGGAAAAUUAGUUUAUAAUCGCAUUGGUAUGAAAUACUUCUAUCGAAUGACUGAACACCCGAUUCCGAUCUUUAUGAACAAGUCGUGGAGAAAGAAGAAUUUAUUCGGUUUUAAGGAGCGUUCAGUUCGAAAGUUCUUAGGGUUCUACAGGGAGAAACUUUGGAAUGAAAAACGCAAAGCGAGAAAUCGUGAAAAGAGACGCGUAGCAGUAAUAUUAAGAAGAUUCCCAAAUGUGGAUCUCGAAGCUCUGAAAGAACAAUUUCCUAAUGUCGAUAUAAAAGCAGCAAAAGCUUCUAAAGUAGCAAGAGGCCAUUAUGCACCUGAAUAGAUACAACAUAUAGAGUAGCAAAUCAUCGAAUAUCCUUAUGUUUAUGAAUAUAAAAUACUUAUCAAUAUUAUCAAUUGCUAUUAUUAGCGGAUGAUUAAAUUUUUCUUGUGUCUUUAUUCAAAUAUUUGCGUCUGAAAUUAUAAUUAUGUAUAAUGCUUGAAUAUGCAAUGUUGUAGCUUGUAUCAUAGAUCAUGUCUAAUUAUAAAAGACAAUUGGCUGAUAUUGCUAUAAGUAUUGCACGCAAUUCUAGACCCCAGAAAAUUAUUGUAAAGACGAUAAUUAUUAAAAAAUUAUGAAAACCUCUGACCGUUCUACAUACAUUGUCUCUAAAAUGUUUAAGAUUAUUGGAAUUUUUGAGACGGUAUAGUAUAAAGCAAAAUAAAAUGUUAAGAAAA